AUGGUUUCCUGUCUUACUCCCGCCCGUAGCCCAUCGCGCGCGAGUGUACUGAACGAUGGUUGUGUGACAGCGGCGUGCGGCCGCUGGGACGGGCGUCGCAACCGGCCGGUGCCCGACGCCGUCUGGCUGGAGCAGCACCGACGCGCCCUGCCGUUCCUGCUGAAGAGGGAGAACGAGCGCGGCGGUGCCACCGCACCGAGGCUCAUAAAGCUCGGCGAGGGCGUCGAGAUCCGCGAGGAGUUGCUGCGCGGCGUCAAGUGGGGCGACUACAGGAAGGUGACGCGCGGCCUGGCGGCGGCGCUGUUCUCGCCUAUGGAGCUGGCCACGUGCUCGGUUACGGGGCAGCGGUGGUCGCGCGCCGGCCAGGAGUCGCGCCCCACCAAGCCGCCGCUGGACAGGCGCCGCGUGCACGCGCUCAUAUCGUACGUGAGCCGCCACUUCCCCGACGUGGAGGUCAGCCGCAUCAAGCAGGUGCUCGCUUACAAGUGCAAGGAGAACUGCGCAGCGCUCCGCAUGAGGACCGCCAGGCUUUCGAACUGUUUCAGCGAGUCCACCAACUACCUGCUGAGUGCGGCAGCGCGCCCGCCGCCCUGCGACGAGGCGGCCGGCGGUAGCGCCCGGUCGACAUAUUCCAAUUUCUCAAGCGAAACAACGAAGCAGAGCGGCGGCGGCGGAGGCGGAAGCGGAAGCGGUGGCGGGAGCGGUGGCGGAGGCGUUGGCGAUUUCGCGGCCGGGGCGGAGGAGGGCGAGGCGCCGCAG